ACGAGGAGAGAUACAAUUCUUCCACUUCAGCAAGGAUAUAUACAAUUCAAAACCAGGGACUUUUUUUAGUUACUCAUAAAAAAAAAUUGCGCGAGAAUGGUCUCCGAAAAAGGGCGAACAGAGACAGCAAUUGAAAAAUGGAAGACGGGUCCGGACAGAUAUAGGAGAUUGGCUAAUGCGUAUUCCUUAACUGCCAAAAAAUUAUUUGAAUGUACAAAUGGAUUCAGUCAACAAAAUUUCAUCGCAAAUUUUCAAUUCGGUGAAGUUUACCGUGGAACAUUCCUGGGAAAAGAUGUGAUAGUUAAGAUAUGGAAAAAUGAGAACUCGUUAUAUAAAGUGAAACCAGGUGAUAACGAGGAGAGAUAUAGGGAUGAACUCCGUGUGCUGAAUUAUUUCCAAGAGAAUGAUUUUCAUCCAAACAUGGCAAAGCCUUAUGGCGAUUGUGACGACGGUGGAUAUAAAGCUAUUAUUUAUCAUCUCCAGCCAAAGGCAAUUGAUACUCUGCAUAAUCUCAUCGAAAAAGAUACUUUUACGUGGCCGCAGAGGAUUAAGGUUGCUCUCGGAUUCGCCUCUUUACUUGAAUUUAUGCAUGCUCCGCAUCCUAAUUAUUUGCCCUAUCUGAUUCGCAAUAUUGAUGCUGCUCAUAUACUGGUUGAUGAGGAUUAUGAACCUAUAUUAUUUGAUGUUAGUAUGAUCUCUGGGGGAAUUCUUACCGACAAAAGAAACGUUUGGUAUCAGUAUGUGGAUGGGUGCUGUGGCUACGUUGAUCCACUUUGUGCACGUCCAGGUAUAUGGUCAGAUAAAUGUGAUGUUUUUUCAUAUGGUAUUCUGCUCUUGGCUCUUAUUGGCAAAAGAGUCUACAAGGACAAUGCUGAAUCGCCCCCAAUAAAUGGCAGCCCACAAAAUUCAGUAAUGGACUUCGGUGCACUUGUGCAUCAAAGCUUAGAGUCAGGAUCGGAUUUUUAUUCAAGUGAUGCAACUGAAAUCACCAACUUGGCAAAGACAUGUGUUCAGAGUGAUCCUCUAAUGCGGCCUACAAUGAAAGAUAUUAUGAAAUGUUUGCAGAGUUUGCAGAUUGUUAAACAUUAUGCAAGCACCUGGGAAAUUUGCAAGCUACUUAAUGGCGAUAAGGCCAUUCUUACAGGAUAUCACUAUUUCGAUUCAUCAGUGAAGGAUAGGAGACUCUUAACAUGGCAUUCGGCACAUUUCUCACAACUCAAUAGAGGCUCAGAUUAUUGCCGAGCAGGGAAAAACACUUUGGAAGAAGACUAUGACACACUUGAAGUGUUUUCUUACAAAGAGUUAAGUAUGUUCACCGAUGGAUUUAAUGAACAAAAUUUUAUUGGAAAAUUCCAAUUUGGACGUGUAUUUCGUGGCAUGAUUCGAAAGAAAAAAGUGAUGGUGAAGAUUUGGGAACCUAGCGAUGGAAUAUAUUUGGCUUGUCAGCGUGGUAACAAAGGCAGGUUGAGGGAUGAAAUUGCAUUGCUUCGGGAUGCUAGAUUUAGCUCUCAUCCAAAUAUGGUGAAAUUGAUAGGAUACUGCCACGAAGAGGAGAAAGUUGGCGCUGUUUAUGAUCUGGAUCCGCAUCAAACUUUAUAUAAUCUUUCACCUAAAGAUGACUUCACUUGGCUGCAGAGAAUUAAGGUUGCGUAUGAGUUUGCUUGCCUUCUUGAGUUUCUACACGCUCACAAUUUGCCAUAUAUGCCGUUUCUGGUUCGAAACAUAGAUGCUGCUCAUAUUAUACUCGAUAAGGAUUACAGCCCAAAAUUAUUUGAUUUUGGGAUGGCUAUUGGUGGAAUUAUUCUUGAUGCUAGAAUUACCAGAAAUCUGUAUCUUUCUGGAUGUCAUGGUUACAUGGAUGGAGGUAGAUGGUAUACUUCCUCUGAUGUUUAUGCAUACGGGUGUGUACUUCUGGGCUUGAUAUCCAAAAAGGUAUAUACAGAGGAAGAUGUUAAGAGUGGCUCUGCUUAUGUCAGUGAGUUGGCCGUUGCAGAGUGCGAUGAAGAAAGAUCGAAGGCGUGUUUUGACGAAGCUCUGUUUUCACUUGUGGAAAGGAAGCUAUCGGAAGAUGGUGAUCACUUUGCUUGCGACGGAGCCGAACUUACAAGAUUGGCGUUGCAAUGUGUAGAUAAUUCGUUCGAGCGACCUAGCAUGAAGCAAGUUGUAAAAUGUUUGCUAAAUCUACUAGUUGUCCAUAAACAUGCUAAAGAAUUGGGCAUCAAGCAAGUUGCUCGCAGAAAAACUAAAAAAUCACGCAUCAAGCGGAAAUCCUCGAGGCGAUGAUUCCUUACUCAAGAAGGUACUUGAUUCUAUAAUCAAAUCGAAUCGAUUAGAUAGGAUUUUGUACAUGUAGAUUGAGCCUAAGAACUGGUUAUUAAAGGGAUCAUUUGUAUUUUGUUUGACUACUUGAUAUUUAUACCACUCACUAUAAACUAAUUACUUUUUAUUUAAUUUGGGGUUUAUAUA